GCUCGGCGGGAAGAGGCCGUUUCUGCGACCCUCCGGCCCUUAGUCCGGCGGAACUGAGUUUCGGCGCCGCAGGUUCCCACUCGGAAGAGGCGAACGGGCGCUUGCGGACCUGCAAUAUGGCGCGGUCGGGGAAUAAGGCAGCUGUGGUGCUGUGUAUGGAUGUGGGCUUUGCCAUGAGUAACUCCUCUCCUGGGGAAGGAUCCCCAUUUGAACUAGCAAAGAAGGUGAUGACCAUGUUUCUGCAGCGACAGGUGUUCGCUGAGAGCAAGGAUGAGAUUGCAUUAGUCCUUUUUGGUACAGACGACACAAAGAAUGCCCUUGCUGGUGAGGAUCAGUAUCAGAACAUCACAGUGCACAGACACCUGAUGCUACCGGAUUUUGACUUGCUGGAAGACAUUGAAAACAAAAUCCAGCCAGGUUCUCAACAAGCUGACUUCCUGGAUGCCCUCAUUGUGUGCAUGGAUUUGAUUCAACGAGAAACCGUAGGAAAGAAGUUUAAUAAGAAGCAUAUUGAAGUGUUCACUGACCUCAGCAGCCCGUUCAGCAAAGAUCAGCUGGAUGUUAUAAUUCAUAACUUGAAGAAAUCCGGCAUCUCUCUACAAUUCUUCUUGCCUUUUCCAAUUGACAAAGAAGAUGGAACUGGGGACAGGGGAGAUGGCAACCUGAGCUUGGACCACCACGGGCCCUCCUUUCCUCUGAAAGGGAUUACCCAGCAGCAAAAAGAAGGUAUUCAGAUGGUGAAAAAGGUGAUGAUGUCUUUAGAAGGUGAAGAUGGGCUGGAUGAAAUUUAUUCCUUCAGUGAGAGUCUGAGGCAACUGUGUGUCUUUAAGAAAAUUGAGAGGUCUUCCGUGCCCUGGCCUUGUCAACUGACCAUUGGCUCCAAUUUGUCUAUAAAGAUUGUGGCUUAUAAAUCGAUUCUUCAGGAGAAAACUAAGAAGUCUUGGACAGUUGUAGAUGCAAGAACCCUAAAAAAAGAAGAUAUACGAAAAGAAACAGUGUUUUGCUUGAAUGAUGAUGAUGAAACUGAAGUUCCAAAAGAGGAUACUAUUCAAGGGUUUCGCUAUGGGAGUGAUAUCAUUCCUUUCUCUAAAGUGGAUCAGGAGCAAAUGAAAUAUAAAUCGGAGGGGAAGUGCUUCUCUGUUUUGGGAUUUUGUAGAUCUUCUCAGGUCCACAGGAAAUAUUUUAUGGGAAAUCAAGUUCUAAAGGUCUUUGCAGCAAAAGAUGAUGAGGCGGCAGCAGUUGCCCUUUCCUCCCUGAUUCAUGCUUUGGAUGAAUUAGACAUGGUGGCUGUAGUUCGAUAUGCUUAUGACAGAAGGGCUAAUCCUCAAGUUGGUGUGGCUUUUCCUUAUAUCAAGGACGCCUAUGAGUGUUUAAUGUACAUACAGCUGCCUUUCAUGGAAGACUUGCGACAGUACAUGUUUUCAUCCUUGCAAAAUAAGAAGAAAUGCACUCCUACAGAGGCGCAGUUGAGUGCUGUUGAUGCUUUGAUUGACUCCAUGAGCUUGGUAAAGAGAGAUGAAGAGGAGGGCACCAUUGAAGACUUAUUUCCAACCACCAAAAUUCCAAAUCCUCAAUUUCAGAGAUUAUUUCAGUGUCUGCUGCACAGAGCUCUACAUCCCCAGGAGCCUCUGCCCCCAAUUCAACAGCACAUUUUGAAUAUGCUGGAUCCCCCCGCUGAAGUGACUGCUAACUGUCAGGAUCCUCUCUCUAAAAUAAAGGCCCUUUUCCCUCUGACUGAAGUCAUCAAGAGAAAGGACCAAGUGACCGCACAGGACAUUUUCCAAGACAUCCGUGAAGAUGGACCCACCUCUAAAAAAUUGAAGACUGAGAAAGAGGAAGCCCCCUUUAGUGUCUCCAGCCUGGUUGAAGGCAAUGUCACCUGUGUUGGAAGUGUGAAUCCUGCUGAAAACUUCCGUGUUCUAGUGAGGCAGAAGAAGGCCAGCUUUGAGGAAGCGAGUCAGCAACUAAUAAAUCACAUUGAACAGUUUUUGGAUACCAACAAAACACCGUAUUUCAUGAAGAGCAUGGACUGCAUCAAGGUCUUCCGGGAGGAAGCCAUUCAGUUUUCAGAAGAGCAGCGCUUUAACAGUUUCCUGAAAGCCCUGCGAGAGAAAGUGGAAAUUAAACAAUUAAGUCAUUUCUGGGAGAUUGUCGUCCAGGAUGGAAUUACUCUGAUCACCAAAGAUGAAGCUUCUGGAAGCUCUGUCACAGCUGAGGAAGCCAAAAAGUUUCUGGCCCCCAAAGAAAAUGCAAAGGAAGACACAGCGGCCAUAUUUGAGGAAGGUGGUGAUGUGGAUGAUUUGCUGGACUUGAUAUAGACCACAGAUGUGUGGGGAAUCUCCAAGAGCUGCUGUCACGGUGGUGCUGAGAGUCCUACACGGAACACCCUGGAGGGGGCCAGCCAAGGGAACCGGAAGCUCUGGAGGUGGUCCCUGCAGGUCACACAAAAGUGAAUCACCUCAUUCCCAGUGGAAUGAACACAGACAUGUAAAAGGGAUAGUUUAGACCCCAUGCAAGCUUGUAAAGAGUCAUGGUUAUUUUCUCAUCA